GCUGUAGACACCUCCUCGCCCCUUCGUGCUUCCUUAUAUACAAGUCUACAAUAUGGAAUCGCAAUAUACCAACCUCGCAGAGACAAUAAUACAACGCGCCUCGUCUCAUUCCAAAAACCGAUAUAUUGUCGCUGUCGCCGGCGCACCUGGGUCUGGCAAGACAACACUCGCCACGGCUGUUGGUGCACAGAUCAACAGGGCCCGACAAGUAGCAGCAGAGAAGGGAGAAACAAAUGGCAGUAUUCCCAAAACAAUGGUUCUAUCCAUGGACGGCUUUCACCUUCCGCGCUCGGCGCUGGAUGCCCUUCCAGACGGCGAGCGCGAACAAGCGUAUAUCCGCCGCGGAGCACCGUGGACGUUCGACGUCAAGGCAUUUGUUGCAUUUAUGAAGAGUCUACGGAAAUGGGCAGAUGGAGAAUCAUCCUCUGCAGAGAAAUUGUAUGCGCCGACGUUUGACCAUGCGACGAAAGACCCUGUCGCGGCUGGUGUGGCGAUUGAUAGCGACGUCGGGGUUGUCAUUGUCGAGGGCAACUACACUCUGCUUGACGAGCCUGAGUGGAGGGAUGUUGGACAGCUCGUGGACUACCGCGUCUUUGUAGAUGUGGACCUGCAGGAGGCGCGAGAGAGGCUGGCGAGGAGACAUGUCGAGGCUGGGAUCGAGGGCUGUUUGGAGGACGGGUUUGCGCGGGUGGACAAGAAUGACUAUCUGAAUGGAUUGAUGGUGAAGGAGAAGCUGGGGAAGGUGGAAUUAGUUGAAACAAACCCCUCUUUCGUCCUGCGCGCCGUCAAGGAUGUCGCAUUCGAAGACAGAGACGUCCCUCCGCUCAAAGACCCCUGGGACGUGCGCGUCCAGAUCGCCCAGACCGGAAUCUGCGGCAGCGAUGUACAUUACUGGCAGCGAGGCCGUAUCGGCGACUUCAUCCUCGAGUCGCCCAUCGUGCUCGGGCAUGAGAGCUCUGGCGUUAUCGCAGAGGUCGGGUCGGCCGUGAAGAACCUCAAGGUCGGGCAGAAGGUUGCUGUUGAGCCGGGGGUUCCCUGCAGACACUGCGACUACUGCCGCAGUGGCUCCUACAACCUGUGCCCAGAUACCGUCUUCGCAGCAACGCCACCGCACGAUGGAACCCUAUCCAAGUACUACAUCACGCAAGCCGACUUCUGCUAUCCCAUCCCCUACCACAUGGACCUCGAAGAAGGCGCCAUGGUCGAGCCCGUGGCGGUUGCAGCACAGAUCACAAAGGUCGGCAAUGUCCGUCCGAACCAGACAGUCGUUGUCUUCGGGUGCGGACCCAUCGGUCUGCUCUGCCAGGCCGUGAGCAAGGCGUACGCUGCGAAGAAGGUCAUUGGUAUUGAUAUCAGCCAGUCCCGGCUGGACUUUGCGCAGUCGUUCGGUGCAGACGGCGUGUUCCUACCACCGGCCAGACCGGAGGGCGUAGAGGAGACGGAGUGGAGCGAGAAGGUUGCAAAGCUUAUUAAAGAUAAAUUCAACCUGGGCGAAGGACCAGAUGUUGUCCUUGAGGCGACGGGGGCGCAGAGUUGUAUCCAGACUGGCAUUCAUCUGACGAAGAAGGGGGGCACAUAUGUGCAGGCGGGCAUGGGCAAGGAGAACGUUGUCUUCCCUAUUACGACGGCAUGCAUCAGAGACCUGACCAUCCGCGGGUCAAUCCGGUACUCGACAGGCUGCUAUCCGGUGGCUGUAGACCUCAUUGCCAGCGGCAAGAUCGAUGUCAAGAAGCUGAUCACGAACCGCUUCACGUUCGAGCAGACAGAAGAGGCCUUUGAGCUGGUACGGCAGGGCAAGGAGAGCGUCAUCAAGGUCGUUAUCCACGGGUACCAGGACAAGCAGUGAUCUAUUAGAAUAGAUAUCUGUUGCAAAAUAAGUUAAUCUAGAUCAAUCAAGCCUGGCUGGCAAUAUCUCGCCAAUACACUCCCCGAAUCCAACUCCUGACUGCUCAUCACCGAGUACAGCGGUCAUCCUGACGAUAUCCCCGUCAACCAGGUAUACCCUCUCUGCCCCGUCGGAGAGCUUCACUCUCUCCUUCCCCCCCUUCGUGCUCUCCAGCAAACACCCAUGCGACCCAUCAACAGACCCACUGACCGUUCCUGUUCCAAGGAGGUCUCCUGUGCGCAAGUCAC